GCCUCCCCGACGGGGCGGGCCGGCUGCGGCCGGGAAAGGGGCGGUGGGGAAGGGGAGAGAGCAGACGGACCGGCCCCCGGGGGAAGCGGCGGCCGUGGCGAAUGGCCCUGCCCCCGGGGGGUGACCCCUGCCCCGGCCCCACGCCCGGGCUGUCCCAGCCCCACCGCCCGGGCUUUGUCCCCGCCGGCCGCCCCGUCCCUCCUCCCUCCCUUCCCCGCCCUCCCUCCGCCGCCGGCUCUGCCUCAACUUUAGAGGCAGGUCCCGGAGUCUCCAGCCUCAUCCCCACCUUGCCAGAACGGGAAGGACGCCGAGAUUUCGAGCCGAUGGAGACCGCGGGCAGCACCGGCCCCAGCGGGGUGAGCAGCCGGCCCCAUUAUGGUCCCUGCUGCAUUAAACCCUCCCCACGGCCCCACGACGGCUGCGGCUCCGCGGUCCCCCCAGCACCUGACCGGCAAGGUCAAGAGGAGCCCGAGCCGCCGUCGCCGCUGGAUCUGGCCGGCAGCUGCUGCUCGACCGUACGGGGACAGCUCAGAGGAAUGCGUCCUGCAGAUGGGACCUGGCGGGGCACGUGUAGCAUCCCUGUGCUGGCUGAGUUCUGCCCUCUCUGCUGUCGUCCCUUCCCUUUUUGUGCAUCCAUCCCUGGGGUGUAGCACGAGGCUGCGGGUUGAGUGCAUCCCCCGUCCCUUCUCGUUUUGGGCACCCAUAGGAUGCAGCGUGGGUGCGUCUCAGGUUGCUCUGCAGCUCUCAAGGGAUGCUCACAGCCAGGUUUCCAAUGCAGGGUUGGUUGCAGCCCAUGUUCUUUCCACGGUGCCCGGCAUCCUCACAGAGAUGGGCAUGGAAUAAAUCAGCCCUUGUUUAUUCUCGUGUCUGGGCUUGGUGUGUGAGUUCAUAUUAAAACAUUCUGCCUUAAAUUACAGCCUAAUAAAUCAAUACCCACUUAGCGAUGCAAGCGAGUGGGAGCGGUUUGUGCAAAGAAUUAAAGUCGCUCUGCAGCUCUCAGGCAAAGGGCAAGGGAACAAGUGCUGCCUGGGCAGCUGGGCCCUGUUUCCAUCCCCUGCCCAGGAGAUGUGUGGGCACAGCAGGGAUGCAUGGCCAGGAUGGGCUGUGCAUGGCCAGGACAUGCAUCUGUGUGGCUGAGCAUGACUAGGACAUACAUAUGCAUGGCCAUGUGUAGCAGGGACACGCGUUAGGGUCGCUGUGUGCUUUCAGCUGCCCAUGCAGAGGCUUGGUGCAGCCUUGCAGCAACUCCCAGCCCCACCAGCUCCACUCUGCUGUUAAUUUCUACUCCAAACAGGACAAUGUGGUUCCCCCAUCCGGCUCACAACCUCCUCUGCUGUGCCAUUCCCUCCCUGCUCGGAGUGCUUGGUGAUGCCCUGCACCCAGCAGCAGCUUUUCUUGCACAUCCUCCUUCUCUGCUUCUCACCUUUCCCUUUUCUAAUCCCCUUGUAUUUGCCUUGGCCUCCAUCCAGGGCCAUCCACCCCUUUAUAGGGCCACUGCUAAGCAAACACUCCCUUUGCUUUGCUAAACAGGGACUCCUCCUUUGUGCAGCCAGGGUUAUGGAGACCAGCCCUGCGCCUUUCAUGGGGCUGCAUAUUGCCUUUUGGCACCCUCCAUCCUCCUCCUCUCCCUGAGAUGGAUGGGGAAGGACACACGUGCCAGCCCUUUCUGCCAUCGUUACCACCCACUCCCACCAGAGCUGCCUGUGGCAGUGCCCAAGGACCCCAUCCCCAUCUCCCCCCUUUGCAUCCAAGCCAGUUUCAUCCCUCCCCCCUCAUCUUCCUUGCCAAGCCCUGACACUUGAUGGCAGCCCCAUUCAAAAUGCAUGGACUCCCCUUUCCAAGCGCCCCGGUCCUUUUGAACUAAAAGGAUUUUCUCAGAGGCUAAGUUCAAAUGUAUGGCCGUUAUUUAUUUAUCAACCCGCGAUGUAUUAUUCAUUUAUUUAAAAAUGUAUGGCAGCUGGGAGCCCCGUGUUUAAUCACCCCAUGGAUGGCGAGGGCCAGGUGGAGACGGCCCCUCGCUCCGCCGCUAACCUGGCGCGGUCGUUGCCGCCGGGACUCCGACCUCACGCCUGAUUUAGCAUCAAGGCAGCCAAAAAUAACCCCGACCCCACGGCAGCGAGAGCACAGUGGCCUAAUGGGGUGGGCAUGGAGAUGGGGUUGGUGUUUUUGGGGGUGCCAAGAGGAUGUGGCACUUGGUGGGGGAAUGGGGUUGUUGCAGCGCUGCUGCUUGCGGAUGGG